ACACAGAGACACUGUGAACCAGGUGCAUGUAGGAAACGUAUUGCUGGUGUGUUACCUGAGGACAGCACACAUCCAGGAGGAGAAGAAUGGAGUUGUUUUCAAAGCUUAACUUGGGGCUGAAGCCUGAUGAGGAAGGAGAGCCGAUCAUUAUGACAGAGUUGCUUUCCGAGAGACAACCCUCCAGUGAAGAUGAGACCAUGGUCCCAGUACUAACCUCCAGAAAAGCCAGCGAAUACCCCGUCAACGAAGCAGCGUGCAUCCUGCAGGCCGACCUGCAGUUGGGUCUGACCCAGGAAGAGGUGUGCAGGAGGAGAGCCUAUCACGGCUGGAACGAGUUCGACAUCAGUGAAGAUGAGCCGCUAUGGAAGAAAUACAUCUUACAGUUCAAAGAUCCUCUCAUCCUACUGCUGUUGGCCUCGGCUGUCAUCAGCAUUCUCAUGCACCAGUUUGAUGACGCCAUCAGCAUCACUGUGGCCAUCAUCAUCGUAGUGACAGUUGCCUUUGUUCAGGAGUACCGCUCAGAGAAGUCUCUGGAAGAGCUCGGGAAGCUGGUGCCUCCAGAAUGUCACUGUAUCAGGGACGGGAACCUGGAGCACCUGCUGGCCAGAGAGCUGGUUCCUGGAGACACCGUCUGUCUAGCUGUGGGAGAGAGAGUCCCGGCAGACCUCCGCCUCUACGAGGCCAUCGACUUGACCGUGGAUGAGUCCAGUCUGACGGGGGAGACGACCCCCUGCUCCAAGACCACCUUCCCCCAGCCGGCAGGCACCAACGGAGACAUCGCCUCCCGCAGCAACAUCGCCUUCAUGGGGACGCUCGUGCGCUGCGGUAAAGCCAAGGGAAUCGUCAUCGGGACCGGGGAGAACUCCGAGUUUGGAGAGGUGUUCAAGAUGAUGCAAGCAGAAGAGGCUCCUAAGACGCCGCUGCAGAAGAGCAUGGACCUGCUGGGGAAGCAACUCUCGCUCUACUCCUUCGGCAUCAUCGGGGUCAUCAUGCUGGUGGGCUGGCUGCAGGGGAAGAGCCUCCUCGACAUGUUCACCAUCGGCGUCAGCUUGGCGGUCGCUGCCAUCCCAGAGGGUUUGCCCAUCGUGGUGACGGUGACGCUGGCGCUCGGUGUGAUGAGAAUGGUGCAGAAAAGAGCCAUCGUCAAGAAGCUUCCCAUCGUAGAGACUCUGGGCUGCUGUAACGUGAUUUGUUCAGACAAGACAGGAACUCUGACGAAGAACGAGAUGACCGUCACUCAGCUGUUCACGUCAGACGGACUCCAUGCUGAGGUGACGGGCGUCGGAUACAACGGAGCAGGAGAGGUUUUAGUGGACGGGGAGAUCAUCCAUGGCUUCUCCUGUCAAUCAAUCAGCAAGAUCGUGGAGGUGGCCUGUGUGUGUAACGACUCAGUCAUCAGGAAUCACGCUCUGCUGGGGCGACCGACAGAGGGAGCUCUCAUCGCCCUCGCCAUGAAGAUGGGUCUGGAGAGCCUGAAGCAGGAGUACGUCCGUGUGGAGGAGCAUCCGUUCACCUCGGAGCAGAAGUGGAUGGCCGUUCGCUGUGUUCACCGCACACUGCAGGACAAACCUGGAGUGUACCUGAUGAAGGGAGCGUACGAGCAGGUGAUUCGCUUCUGCAGCUCCUACAACAGCAGAGGAAGCGCACUGUCACUGAACAACCAGCAGAGGGAGCUCUACCAGCAGCAGAUCAGCUACAUGGGCAGCGCCGGCCUCCGAGUUUUGGCGUUUGCGUCCGGCUCCGAGAUGGGGAAUCUGACCUUUCUUGGUCUGGUGGGCAUGAUCGACCCGCCGAGGGUCGGGGUCAAAGAAGCCGUGGGGACGCUCAUCAGCUCUGGAGUCGCCAUCAAGAUGAUCACAGGAGACUCUCAGGAGACGGCCGUGUCCAUAGCCAGUCGUCUGGGUCUGUACUCAAAAGGCUCUCAGUGUUUGUCAGGAGACGAAGUGGAUCAGCUCGACCUGCAGCAGCUUUCACACAUCGUGUCUCGAAUCUCCGUGUUUUAUCGAGCCAGUCCACGACACAAACUGAAGAUCGUCAAGUCCCUCCAGAACAUCGGGGCCGUGGUGGCCAUGACGGGCGACGGGGUCAACGACGCCGUGGCUCUGAAGGCGGCCGACAUCGGCGUGGCGAUGGGACAAACGGGCACCGACGUCUGCAAGGAGGCGGCCGACAUGAUCCUGGUGGACGACGACUUCCAGACCAUCAUGUCGGCUAUCGAGGAAGGAAAAGGAAUUUACAACAACAUCAAAAACUUUGUGCGCUUCCAGCUGAGCACGAGUAUCGCAGCUCUGACGUUAAUCUCUUUGGCGACGCUGAUGAACUUCCCCAACCCGCUGAACGCCAUGCAGAUCCUGUGGAUCAACAUCAUCAUGGAUGGACCUCCUGCUCAGAGUUUGGGCGUGGAGCCCGUGGACAGGGACGUGAUCAGACAACCUCCUCGUAAUGUGAGAGACAGCAUCCUGACUCGCAGCCUGCUCGUUAAAGUCCUGGUGUCUGCGUUCGUCAUCGUGUGCGGGACGCUGUUCGUCUUCUGGAGAGAGUUGCAGGACAACGUGAUCACUCCUCGAGACACGACCAUGACCUUCACCUGCUUCGUCUUCUUCGACAUGUUCAACGCUCUGAGCUCGCGUUCGCAGACUCGUAUGGUCCAUGAGAUGGGUCUGUGCAGCAACAGGACGUUCUGCUUCGCCGUCCUGGCCUCCAUCAUGGGUCAGCUGCUCGUCAUCUACUUCCCUCCUCUGCAGAGCGUCUUCCAGACGGAGAGUCUGAGCUUCUUCGACCUGCUGUUCCUGGUGUCCCUCACCUCCUCGGUGUGCGUCGUGUCCGAGCUCAUAAAGAUGUUGGAGAGGUGGAGAGGAGUCGAGAAGAGCGUGCCCGCCGACUGCUUCCACGAGGUAUGACCCCCCCUCUCCCCCCCAUCCCUCCUCGACGCCGUGCUGUCCGGCCUGAAGGACUCUGAGGUCUGGAGGAAGAAGAAGAAGAGGAGGAGGAGGAGGGUGGGUUAAAGGAUCUCACAAUCGAUGGCACUGACUUAAUAAGACUGCAAAGACUUUUCCUGUGAGAUCCUGAAGAGGGAGGAGGGACUCUGGUCUGGGACCGGAGGAGGAUGCUCCCAGUCUUUUGAGGGAGGGGAGGCGGGGGGGCGGAUGGAGGCUGAACUGAGAGGACAUGAAGGCUUCUGGGAGAUCUGCCCCUCUGCUCCGUGUUCCCUCCAAUAAAACGGAUCCACAGCAGCUCUUUGGCUCCGUAGCUUUGGGGGAACAGAGCACACCUUCCUGCUGUGAAGCGGCUCCUCGAUGUUUUAGGACGUUCUCUAAGAAUCCAGGCGUGUGCAAUUCUUUGUUCUCUUCCAGUCGUCUUUUUUUUUUUUACUCUUUGUUUUGGAAGGUGUUGACCACUACUCGGCUCGCUCUGUCACUUCCAACACGACUCCUUUUAACGGCUUUAUAACCAUUAUGUGGAGGUGUGACGGUACACUGCAGAAACUCUAAUCUUACCAAAUGUCCUUACACCCGACAGUUCAGCUGACAGGUCCAGACACACAUCUGAUUUCAGGAUAUCCACGAGUGACUUCUUUUAGUAAAAUAGAUUUAUAUCCUCAAAGACAGAGAGUUAACUUAACUUCUUAAAUCUGAUUUCAUAAAAAGAGAUGCAGGAACCUAACUGGUUCUCGACCAAUGACAGCUGUAGAGAUGAUGGAUACUAGAGUUUUAAUCUUGGUAAAAAUCCGGUUUAUGACUUGUUGCAGGGAUGUUUUUGUACUCUUGGUAAGAUUUGAGUUUUUUUUGCAGUGAACGAAUCAAAACAACAACGGGGAGGGAAUAAAGUUUGAUAUUUAAAGUCGGCCUACAGCUGUGUGAUUCUACUGUAAACAUGAAGGCACUGAAUCAUGGACAUCAGAUCAGAAAGCGGAGGCUUCAUGCCGUCGCUGUUUUUAAAGCUUAAAGGAUCCAAAACGGUUCUGAGGUGGGUCGGUAUCUGAUCAGGAUCCUCCUGGACCCCGUGGUGGACCCUGAGCUCUCUGUAGGGAUUAAACAUCCCGCCUGGCCUGGGGCACGCCUCGGGGACCCCCCCAGGAGGAGCGGAGAAACGUUGCUGAGGAGAGGGAGGAAGAUAACGGACGAUCCAAACAGUGCAGCUGAAUUAUUGAAACCUUGAAAGCUUGAAUCUGUUCUUCGUCUCUGACUGCCAACACUCGAUUCCAAUCAUCCCGUCAGAAACACGUUUAAAGAUUUAGUUUCUUUUCUUCACAUCAUUCGACUCGUUUUAUAAACCCGCUCUGUCGUGGUCGUGUCCCGGUGAUUAAUUUGAUGCAUUUUGUUGCACAUGAGAAGAAGCGUGCAGAAGUUCAGUUUGUGUUCAACUGUUAGAAUAAAGAAUCAUAUUUAAAGCCUUUGACAUCA